CACGAUCAGUCGAUCACAUCUGAUCGCUUAAUAAAUCACAUUGCUUCGCAAAUAUCCUACGAAAAGUAGUCUAAACGCUACUUGUACUGUAAAAGAUAUUAUUAGUCAAUAAAGAAAGCGGGUCUUAAAGCAUUUUUACAAACCUAACAGUAUUUUUCUUCAAUGUUAAACAUUUAAGUUAAAGUGUAGUGCUGAAAAAGCAAACAGUUUCCAAUUUUUCACAUUUUAUCCAGAAUACUUAAACAAUGUUAAGUGUAGCGAACCUGUGCCGCUGCACGCAGUCACUCCGGGCAGCUCAGAGCAAGCUGCUGGUGUCCGGUGGAAGGAACACCUUCAGAACAACCAAUGUGGUCAGCCGACAACUCAUCACACAGAAUCAUAAGGCUAACAGCUUUAAGGGAUUGAGACUCACAGAUCUAUUCAAGCCGCAGAACAUAGCAGUCCGUUUCUGCCAGUCAGCUCCAAAGCCGAAGCCUCCCAAAGUGGUGGGCUACUGGCUGCUGGGAUGCUCCGGGAUGGUGUUCACAGCCGUCGUGCUAGGUGGUGUGACCAGACUAACGGAGUCAGGACUCUCCAUGGUGACGUGGAAACUCUUGGGAGAGAAGAUGCCGAGGUCUGAGGAGGAAUGGCAGACGGAAUUCGAGAAAUACAAGCAGUUCCCUGAGUUUAUUUAUAAGAACCAGAACAUAACACUAAACGAGUUCAAAUGGAUCUGGUACAUGGAAUUCGCGCACCGCACGUGGGGGCGCUGCAUCGGCGCCGCCAUGUUCGUGCCGGCCGCCUUCUUCUGGGCGAGAGGGUACCUCGACAAGGCCAUGAAGAGACGCGUCGCGGCUUACUGCGUGUUGGUUGGUGCACAGGGUCUAAUGGGCUGGUACAUGGUAAAAUCAGGUCUGGAAGACCGUUUCCAAGGGCCAUCCGACGUGCCCCGGGUAUCCCAGUAUCGCCUCGCAGCGCAUUUAAGUUUGGCAUUUAUACUGUACACGGGACUCCUGGCCGGAGCUCUGCGGGUGCUUCGCCCCUUCCCAGCGGGUGCCACCGUCAAGAGUUUGCAGAGUUUGAAAGGAGUUACUGCGUUUGCGCAUACGGUUAAAGCUAUGGCUUUCCUUACGGCUGUUUCAGGAGCCUUUGUAGCCGGCCUAGACGCCGGUCUAGUCUACAACUCGUUCCCCAAAAUGGGGGACAAUUGGAUCCCCGAGGACAUCUUGGCCUUCUCCCCCACACUCCGCAAUAUUACUGAGAACCCCACAACCGUGCAGUUUGACCACAGGAUAUUGGGGACAACAACCCUGGCACUGGCUACGGGGUUGUGGUUGCUGUCGAGGGGGAAACCAUUGUCCCCCAUGGCUAGGAGGGUUGUUAAUGGGGUGGGAGCUAUGGCGUGGUUACAGGUAUCGCUGGGCAUAGCAACCCUUCUAUGCUACGUGCCGACACACCUAGCCGCCUCCCACCAGUCGGGCUCGCUGGUGCUGCUGUCUCUCGCUAUCUGGCUGACACACGAGAUCAAACUGCUCAAAUACAUACCAAAGUAGUAGACUGUAUAAUGUAUUUAUUGUAAAAUAAACCUUAAGUUUUAGUA